AUGCGAAUUCCCCACAUCGCAAGUCUGCUCUUGGGGUUCGGCGACAUUGUCGGAGUGCACGCCUUUUUUGCUCCGAGUCAAGAAGUUCUCAGCUCCCUGCGUCCGGGGCCUGGCACAGUCAAUGGGCGUCGCCCGAAUAUUAUUUUUGUUCUGACAGACGAUCAAGAUGUACAUCUCGACUCACUGGAAUGGAUGCCACAUGUCAAGAAGCAUCUCCUGGAUCAAGGCACAUCCUUUACCAAACACUAUUGCACCACGGCGGUCUGUUGCCCGUCGAGAGUGACUCUUUGGACUGGCAAGGCAGCGCAUAAUACAAACAUCACCGAUGUGAACCCUCCAUACGGUGGUUAUCCCAAGUUUGUCACGCAGGGUUUCAACGAAAACUAUUUACCAGUCUGGCUGCAGCAAGCUGGAUAUAAUACAUAUUACACGGGCAAGCUCUUCAAUGUCCACACCGUGGACAACUACAACUCGCCCUAUGCUGCUGGCUUCACCACCUCAGAUUUCCUCCUAGACCCGUUCACGUACAAUUACCUCAACAGCACUUUUCGACGCACAGGCGAAGAGCCUCGAAGCUACGAAGGAGAGUAUGUCACCGACGUACUAACACAAAAGGCAUACAGCCUUCUCGACGAGGCAGUUAGCGCCGAGCAGCCCUUCUUUUUGACUAUCGCCCCGAGUGCUCCGCACGCAGACAUCCAAAUGAGCGGGAGCAUCUUAGAUCCAGAUCCAGUCUUCCUCUACGGUGCACCCGUCUCUGCCAAGAGACACGAGCAUCUGUUUGAAGACGUGAAGGUUCCUCGGACCAAGAACUUCAAUCCUGACCAGCCAUCUGGUGCCAACUGGCUCCUGCAUCUCGAGCAGCAAAACCAGACCAACGUCGACUGGAAUGAUCACUUCUACCGCCAGCGGCUCCGAGCUCUGCAGGCAGUAGACGAGAUGGUGGAUGGCCUUAUUGAGCGAGUGCAUCAGCACGGCAUCAUGGAAGAUACCUACAUCAUAUACAGCAGCGACAACGGAUUCCAUAUUGGCCAGCAUCGCCUCCAGCCGGGGAAAUCUUGCGGCUACGAGGAAGAUAUCAACAUUCCGUUUAUUAUUCGCGGCCCCGGAGUGGCAGCAAACCACACAACUGACAUUAUAACCAGCCACACAGACCUCGCGCCGACGUUCUUUGACCUGUUGGGGAUCCCCCAGCGCGAGGAUUUUGAUGGAACUGCUAUUCCGGUGACGAGGUCUGAUCUUGACAUCGAGAGUGCUAGUCAGCGCAGACGUGAGCAUGUGAAUGUGGAAUAUUGGGGCUUCGCUGGUGGCGAAGGAAUAUAUGGACGCGAGCUCCAUGAACACAACACAUACAAAGCCAUCAGGAUAGUGGGUUCUGGUUACAAUUUGUACUAUUCGAUAUGGUGCAACAACGAGCGCGAGCUUUACGAUAUGGAUGUCGAUCCGGGGCAGCUUGAAAACCUCCUUUCAUCAUCAUCCAACACCAGUUCGUCAACAGUCGCCAGUCUUCCUAUCGGCAAGGUCGUCGCUCGCUUAGACUCUCUUUUGCUUGUCAUGAAGUCCUGUACUGGGAGCACCUGCAGGCGGCCCUGGCAGGUCCUACAUCCCGAGGGGGACGUCCACACUCUAGAAGACGCAUUAAACGCUCAGUUUGAUCAUUUCUACGAGGUUGAGCAGCAGCGUGUCGAGUACAAUUAUUGUUGGAAUGGGUAUCUUCCUGAGGCAGAAGGGCCGAUGUGGGACACGCACGGGUUGGUGUAUAGAGGGGGCCUGAGGUGGGAUCACUGGGUAUGA